CAGGGCUGGCCUGCUGCUCUGCCCUAGCCUAGCCUUGCCCUUGAGAGUCUGCAGCACAGGGCACCCCUGCUGCAGUCACUUGCUGCGGCUAAGCACGGCUGCAACCCGUUGGCCGUCGGGUGCGCUGCCGAUUGAAACGCGACGAGCGCGACGGUCAGCUCGCUAUAGAUCCGGAGCGAUUUAAAACGAUUAUGAGUUAACAAAUGCCUAUAGGUCUGCCGGAUUAAAACGGCGACCGUCACGACGUGAGCGAGGUUCAUGCCGUGAUGAGGCGUCAUGCCGUCACGUCGGGCGGGGUCGGUCCGCGAGCUUGCACGUGCAAUCUGUCUGGAAGGCGCUUCGCAGAGCGAGACAGUCUCACGUGCAUAUCCUACCUAGGCAUAUACACAAAAUCAAUGCUGCUCCAAUACCUAUUGGCCGCUCUGCUGAGCGUGGCUGUUGUGAACGCAGACCUGUGUGGGAACCCUCCACCCGAAUGCCUAAAAUACAAACGCCUGCUAGAUCCACUGAUUAAAAAGAGGGACGAAUGGAGGGCAGCAGGAGGAGUCACGGAGGCAAAGCGAAAUGCCACAUACGAGGACGCACAUAAGACUGACGGGGCAUGGGUCACGAUCAGCAACGGCAUCGCAUAUGUAGAGUCGAAACAGGAUGGCUAUGAGACCCGCCUGUUCGCGUCCCUGCUUCAGCUCUACCGCGCCAUGGCCCGCCUGGGUCGCAAAAACUUCCCGGACGUGGAAUUUGGCAUUAACCCCUGGGAUGGGCCGCGCUCAGAUGCGUGGUUUAACUACUGCCAAGUGCGCGGCGUGACGCCCAGCAACUGGCUGUGGCCCGACUACUCGACCAUGGGCUGGCCAGAGAUUGGCGCAGCGUCUUACGCGGUGCUGCACCAACGCAUUGAGGAGAUCGCACGCGAGAUGCCCUUCGCCACACGGCCUAACAAAUUGUUCUGGCGAGGUGGUGGUGGGCCCCACUCUCGUGAAGUGCUGGUCAAGAAGUUCGCCGACCGCACUGACAUUGCUGACAUCCAGAAAAUCCCACCCUUUGGAGGUUUGUGGAACGCCCUGCAACGUGACCCUGACUACAACAUCUCAACUAUCAUCUCAAAAAUGGAGGACUUUUGCAAGCACAAGUAUGUUGUCUACACUGAGGGCAACGUCUACAGUUUUCGACUGACUACCCAUUUCAUCUGCGGCAACGUCUUGAUUGCGCAUCCCAUGCGCUUUGACGGCAUGGCCUCGCUGAUGAUGGAGGAGAACAAAAAUUGGAUCAUUGCUGAUCCGGAGUGGAACGACCUUGAGGCAAUCUACAGACGGUUGGAGGCAAACCCUGCUGAGGCAGAGGCAAUUGCAAACAACAAUGCUGCAACCCGUGAAAUUCUUACAGAGGAGGGCUUCGACUGCUACAUCCUGGAGUCGCUCAAGUGCUACAAGGACGUGAUGCCAGGGCCCCUCAUCCGCCCACCGGGCCGCUCCUGGAGAUACACUCCCCUUGAGUUCUACAUUAUGGCCAAAAUGAAGGGCCCUGGAAACUUCAACUCAUACGUGCUGUCCAACCAACACCAACACCAUGGAUAAGCCAUUCGGGGACCUGUGGUCAAGGCGUGGUAGGUGUGUGUGAUUACCAGGUGGUGCCGACCAUGUGGCCGGCGCCGGGAUGGUGCCGUUGUGGCCAACACAGCAACAGAUGCGGCAGCUGGUUCGGACCAUGGGCACCGGUGCUUAAGUACGAGCGGGCCGGUGUCUGGGUCCUUUGCUGGCGAGCAGAGCACUCGGUAGGCAGCGGCAGGAGCGUGGCACGCAGGUGGUCGUGUGCAUGUGCGAUGGGACAGGGUAGGUAAGGUGCAUGUUGGCGUAGCCCCGUAGUGUGCAGCGUAUGCCCCCAGCAUUCAACAUGCCUGUUGCUACGGCAAGGCAUGAGCGCGCGGCUGGUCGAACUACGCUGGCUUUACUGUACCGACGUGACAAGUGCUUGUCUGUGUGUGUGUGUGUGUGUGUGUGUGUGUGUGUGCGUGUGUGUGUGUGUGUGUGUGUGUGUAUAUGGGUUAGUGUGUGAGUGUGUGCGUGUGCGUGUGCAUGUGUGUGUGUGUGUGUGUGAAAAGGAAAACGAAGCCCGCCCAAGCAGCGCCGGAGUUAUUUACGGAUACCUACCGAAUACCGAGUGUCUUUGACCCCGGUACGUAUGAACCGCGAAAAGCCUGUAACCCUCUCAGGAG